AUGGAACCUAUCCAAGCAAUUGAUACCCUAAGGGAGAAGCUGGAGAACGGCGUUGAUAAUGGCAAAGCAAGACUUUCCGUAUUAAAUGAUCUCGUCAAACAACUCAAAGAACAAUUUACAGUUACCGAGGAUGUACAUUAUCUCAAUGAGUCCCUCAAGGUGCGAAGGGAAAUGCUUGCAUUGAUUCCGCCCGAAGAUCACCAAAACAGGGCUCUUCAAUCACAUCUACUUAGCAAUGAACUUAGCGAUCGGUUUGCUGAGACAGAAGAUCUCAAUGAUAUGGAGGAAGCCAUAGAGCUGGGAAUCCAGGCGUUGAACUUAACACCAGAGAAUGAUCCCCGAAGAAUUGUAUUCCUCAGGAGACUUGAGUUUCUAUUCGAAGAAAAGUACGAAGAGACGGAAGAUCUCGCCGAUUUUGACCAAACAAUCCACUACCAGAGGCUGUCACUUGAGGCGACGGACUCUAAUAGCAGUACCCAGAUGGCAGUCAGGCUGACUGCUUUGGGCUCGAAGCUCAACAAAAGAUCAGAGAUCACGGGAGAAAUCUCAGACUUAAACGAGAGUAUCCAGAUUAUGAGACAGGUCGUUGAAAUGAAACCUAGGAAUGAAGACGCGCUGAAGAAUUUGAUCCAAACUCUCUAUAACCGAUAUAGAUGGAAUGGCGAGCUACAGGAUUUGGAAGAAUGCGUGGAACUUCAUAAGAAGGUGACUGAUUCAUCAGUUACAAAUUCAGGCAAAGUUGGAUGGAUGAUAACAAGAGCCAACCACCUAUGUAUUCUCCAUGAAAGAACUGAAGAUGAAUCUUAUCUCGAGGAGGCAUUUGUGGUUGCUACCGAAGCACUCGCCUUGAUUCCCGAAAGACACUGGAAACCCAGAUGGCUGCACUGCCUAGGCCGACUGUUCGGCUGCCAGUAUCUGAAGACUGAAGGAUUGGCCGACCUCGAAGAAGCGAUUCGCCUGGAAAGACUGGCCCUCAAACUCACGCCCACUGGUGACAAUCAAGGCCGGAUCUUGACAAAUCUGGGGAACCGCCUCGGUGACAGGUAUCUGAGAACAGAAGAUGUUGCCGACAUUGAUGAAGCCAUUGAAUGCGCCAGAAAGUCGUUGGACCUGGAGCCUGAGAACCCUGAGCGACUUUACAACCUCGCAAUCAAGUUGGGGGACAGAUUCUCAAGAACAGAAGAUCUGGAUGAUGUGGAUGAGGCUAUUGAACUGGAGAAAAGAGCCAUAAAGAUAAUGCCAUUGGACCAUUCCGAAAGAGCAGACUAUCUGAACAUCUUGGGGAACCAACUGGGGGAUCGAUACGAGCAUACCGGAGACUUUUCUGAUCUCGAGGAGGCCAUUCGCAACGCCGAGGAAGCUUUGAGCUUGAUGUCAGAGGACCAUCCCCUCAGAGCAGCGUGGCUAAACAGCCUUGCCAGCUACUUCCUGGACCUUUAUACCACGACAGGAGACGAGCAUGAUUUGGAAGAGUCCAUUACAAACUACGAACUGGCUCUUAAUCACGAGAUGUCAGCGACGGAGGAUCGUAUUACAGCUGGCCAAACCAUUCUCUCCAACUCUUCAGAUAACCAGCAACUCUACGAUACUGCAAAGCUCGCAGUAAGCCUAAUCCCAAAGCUUGUAUCAUGGUCCCAUGAGAAUCAAGAUCGACAGUAUGUCCUUGGCAAAGUAGUUGGGCUAGCCUCCGACGCGGCAGCAGCAGCAUUACAAGCGGGCCAAUCCCCGAUGAUAGCCUUGCAACUUCUCGAACAAGGUCGUGGUAUCAUUGGCGCGUCAUUACAAGACAUGCGCAGCGACGUGCAAGACCUUGCGAGGCAGCAUCCGAUUCUUGCAGAAAAAUAUCGUACUUUACAAAGCGAAUUGGACCGGCGUGCUGAGCAUGGUAAGACGACGGAUGCGCAGUCACAAGCGUCGAUUAAUCGAAGACAUGCUGCAGCCAAGGAAUUUACUGAGCUGGCAGUUGAGAUCCGCAAGUUGCCUGGAUAUGAAGACUUCAUGCUUUCACAUAAUGAAGAUGAAAUCUACAAAGCAUCAGAGCGUGGUCCGAUUGUUGUAAUCAACGUCAGCAGGCUUCGUUGUCAUGCUCUACUGGUCUCAAACAGCCAGGUUCGUGCAUUGGAACUCUCGAGUAUAGCUCUCGAAGAAUUGGAGCGCAGAAUAAAACCCUGGACCCUGGCAACUUCGCAGACCCUCGAGUGGCUCUGGGAUACCAUUAUGAGCCCUAUACUCAAUAUGUUAGGUUUUACUCAACCUCCACCGAUGGAUAAUUGGCCUCACGUCUGGUGGAUCCCGACAGGUCCUUUAGUUCAACUUCCCCUCCAUGCAGCAGGAUACCAUGGGCAACAAGGUUCUGAAGCCGUACUUGAAAGGGUCAUUUCUUCAUACGGCUCGUCAAUCCGCAACAUAAUCCGUGGACGUCGGGAGUCCUUCCAGCCAUCCAGCUCUGAUCAGGCACUGCUUGUUGCAAUGGAACAUACACCAGGCCAUGAUACGCUUUCUUUUGCCAACGAGGAGAUAGACUUAAUAGGCGGUACCAUCCGGUCUAUGGAGCUCAAGUCAAUCAUGCCCGUCCGUACCAAGAAAGAAGUUAUCCGAUAUCUCCCAGAUUGCAAAAUCUUCCACUUUGCUGGCCAUGGCCUCGCUCAUGCAGACGAUCCAUCCAGGAGCUGCUUGUUGCUGGAAGACUGGGAAAAAGACUCGCUCAAGGUUUCUGACCUUUUAGAUAUGAAUAUUCGUCAAAGAGCACCCUUCCUUGCAUACCUAUCGGCAUGUGGCACCGGCCAGAUCAAAGACGAGACGUCAUUCGACGAGAAUAUCAACCUCAUCAGCGCGUUUCAAAUUGCUGGGUUCAGGCAUGUCAUUGGCACGUUGUGGAAUGUGCAAGAUGAUCUGUCUGUCGAAAUGGCCAAGAUGACGUAUCAGGAGCUGCUGAACUCGGGUAUAUCGGAUGAUUCUAUCUGUCAGGGUCUACACAAAGCAACGCGUGAGCUGAGAAGGAGGUGGAUGGGGCAGGAUGAGAGUUACCAAAGCGCAGGAAUCACUAUUGUAUCCAAUGGCAAUGAUACACCCAAAGAGUCUCUCUUACGUUUGGUCAGAGACGCAUCUUUGAUCGGCGGUACAGACGAUAACCUUGGUUUGGCUGAUUGGGCACCCUAUGUACACUAUGGAGUAUAG